AUGAAGACUAUCAUCGUCAUCUUAGCUUCCAUCGCUGCCACCAGAGCGUGUUCAUGCUUUCCGCAGCCAGCAGACGCUGUUUUUUGUGAAGUCGACUUUGCUUCCCAUGUGAAGGUGCUGCGGUUGUCUAAUCCACACAAUGACAACACAGGCAUUCAUGACGUGAUCUACACCGUGAACCACAUUCGCGUUUUCAAGAAGCCUCCACGUGUCUCUACGUUGCCGCCGGUGGUGUUUACGCCCUCCAAUGGAGCGACGUGCGGUCUCUAUCUGCAAGUCGGCAAGGAGUAUCUUCUGUCAGGUGACUGA